UUUUAUCUCCUUUGCUAACUUUAAUUAGAGGCAAUAUGUUACAUAUAAGACCCAUAUAAAUAUAGAUGAAAAUAUAACAUCUUCACCACUUUCCCUGUCUAAGCUCCUCACAGACCUCAAACUAAACUCAAAAACAUUACUGAAAGUUUCCCCUCUCCUCCUCCCUGGUUCUCCUCAAUCCUCAUAACCAGAAGCUUCUUCCGGGCGUCAACCAGACUGGAAUUGAAGAACAGUCUUAAUGGGAAACUGCUAUACUCUUUCUAGACCCAUCAGAAGAUCAUCCACUGGGCUUGACAAAGUUCUACGGAUUGUGAAACCAGACGGAAAGAUCCUAGAGUACAGAGCGCCGAUCCUGGUCAGGGAUGUCUUAGCGACUUUUGACGAUUACUGCGACUUGGGCAUCUCAAAAGAAGCUUCACAACAUGAGUCUCUGCCGCCUGGUUAUGAGCUGAAGAUUGGGCAUGUAUAUUAUCUUCUUCCUUUAUCCGCUUCAGCUAUCUUUCCACCCAUCUGUCAUCAAAAGAGGCAGAUAAAAGUUUGUAUAACCAAGCAGCAGCUGCAAGAGUUGCUAUCGAAAACGGUGACGAUAGAGGAGCUACUUUCAGUCUCGAGUUCUUCAGGACUUGAUAAGAAAGUGGAAUGGGAAGAAAGUAUUGAUUCUCACACAAGCUGGAGGCCGAAGCUGGAAACUAUCCCUGAGGGGUGUGAGUAAGGGUGCCCACGGCCAGAUCAGAGAAACUAACAUUUUGAUGCUUAUGAAUGAUCCUUGAUCGUUGUUCAUUCGGGUUCCAUGGCUUUUGGGUGGGAUUUUGUUUUGUUGAUGGUGAUGAAAUUAUUAUUUUUAAAUCCCCCAACUGGUCACAAAAGCCCACUUUCAUGGAUAUAUCAAGUAUAUUUGGUUUGAGGAAUUAAUGAACUAGCAUAAACCUCUCUCUC